GGCGGGCCUGGCAGCCCCGGCCGCCUGCACAGCACCCGCCACUCCUGGCGCUGCCGCCCGGCCGGCCCCCGCGGGCCCUGCCUGGCCAUGGCCGCGGCCACCUCCCCUCCCAGGGCCGAGAGGAAGCGCUGGGGCGGGGGCCGCCUGCCAGGCGCCCGGCGGGGCAGUGCGGGCCUGGCCAAGAAGUGCCCCUUCUCAUUGGAGCUGGCCGAGGGCGGCCCGACGGGCGGCGCGCUCUACGCACCUAUCGGCCCUCCCGGAGUCCCGGGGCCCUCGUCCCCCGCCGCGCCCGCCGCGUCCCCCGCCGCCGCCGACCUUGGCCCGCGGCCCCGCGUAAGCCUCGACCCACGCGUCUCCAUCUACAGCGCGCGCCGCCCGCUGCUCGCUCGCACUCACAUCCAGGGCCGCGUCUACAACUUCCUCGAACGCCCCACCGGCUGGAAGUGCUUCGUCUACCACUUUGCUGUCUUCCUUAUCGUGCUGGUCUGCCUCAUCUUCAGUGUGCUGUCCACCAUUGAGCAGUAUGUCGCCCUGGCCACGGGGACCCUCUUCUGGAUGGAGAUCGUCCUGGUCGUGUUCUUCGGGACGGAGUACGCGGUCCGCCUCUGGUCAGCGGGCUGCCGCAGCAAGUACGUGGGCAUCUGGGGCCGGCUGCGCUUCGCCCGGAAGCCUAUCUCCAUCAUUGACCUCAUCGUGGUGGUGGCCUCCAUGGUUGUCCUCUGCGUGGGCUCCAAAGGCCAGGUGUUCGCCACCUCAGCCAUCAGGGGCAUCCGCUUCCUCCAGAUCCUGCGGAUGCUGCACGUCGACCGCCAGGGGGGCACCUGGAGGCUGCUGGGCUCCGUGGUCUUCAUCCACCGCCAGGAGCUGAUCACCACGCUGUACAUCGGCUUCCUGGGCCUCAUCUUCUCCUCCUACUUCGUGUACCUGGCCGAGAAGGACGCUGUCAAUGAGUCCGGCCAAGUGGAGUUCGGCAGCUACGCGGACGCCCUGUGGUGGGGGGUGGUCACCGUCACCACCAUCGGCUACGGGGACAAGGUGCCCCAGACGUGGGUGGGGAAGACCAUCGCCUCCUGCUUCUCCGUCUUCGCCAUCUCCUUCUUCGCGCUCCCGGCGGGGAUUCUCGGCUCUGGUUUUGCCCUGAAGGUCCAGCAGAAGCAGAGGCAGAAGCACUUCAACCGGCAGAUCCCGGCGGCAGCCUCGCUCAUCCAGACGGCGUGGCGGUGCUACGCGGCCGAGAACCCCGACUCCUCCACCUGGAAAAUCUACGUCCGGAAGCCCUCGCGGAGCCAGGCUCUGCUCUCCCCCAGCCCCAAGCCCAAGAAGUCUGUCAUGGUAAAGAAAAAGAAAUUCAAACUGGACAAGGACAACGGGCUGAGUCCGGGAGAGAAGAUGCUGGCGGUCCCGCAGAUCACGUGUGACCUCGCGUCGGAGGAGCAGAGGCCUGACCACUUCUCGGUGGAUGGCUGUGACAAUUCUGUGAAAAAGAGCCCCACGCUGCUGGAGGUGAGCACAGCCCAGUUCACGAGAACCAACAGCUUUGCCGAGGACCUGGACCUGGAAGGGGAGACGCUGCUGACGCCCAUCACCCACGUGUCACACUCUCAGGAAUUCCUGUCGGCUGUGGGCAGGCCCCCAGAAUGCAGACAAGGAGUCGUCCUCUCCAUGGACAGGGCUGGCACCCAUCACCCGUCCAGUGGGCAGGCAGGCUUCGCCAGCUCCAUGGGCUCUUCAGGGAGCCCCGAGGUGUGGUUGGUCAGACUAGGGACCAAGGUGGCCCAAGCUAAGCCCACAGCCACCCCUUCAGAAGUGAGGCCCGCCUGCGCUGGCACCAGCAUGCCCAAGCUUCCUGGGGCCCGGGGCUGCCCAGGGAGCCCAGGGGGCACCUUAAGCCAGUGUAGCUGUGUCAUCAGGGGAGCUCAGAGAUCUCUUCCUCCUUCCUCUGACACUGAGGCCCUGAACGUAAACAGCCCCAGCUCUGUGCCCACCCCGGGCCUGGCGCCUCACCCUCCGGAGAGCCUGCUGCGGGCCCUCUCAGUGGUGUGGCCCCCUGGCUGUGGGAGGAGGGGUCCCCUCCGGGCCGGCUGGGCCUGGGCAGUGCUCACAUGAGAGCCCGUGCGGGCCUUUCCCAGUGCAGACCUGGCGGGGAGCCGGCUGGGCAGGCGGGAGGAAGGGUGUGCGGUGCUGACUGGCGGCGACAAGGCCAGGGCUGUCCUAGGAAGACCACCUCAAGGCACCGUGGCCCAGUCAAGGCCGAGAUGGCGGGGACCUGCACGCCUGUGUCCUCAGUGGUCAGGACACGCCUCGAGGGAGCCUGGACGCGGAGGGCAGGACGCGGGCGCAGCGAGGGAGGGAUGUGGCCCCGGCUCCUGGGCACCCCCCCGGGCUGGGCAGAGGCCCCUCCCCACGGUGGUGCGGGGCACCUCGUUGGCUCAGGGCCCCUGCGCGGGGCCGGCAUGGGAAGAUGGCCAGGUCUUGGUGCCUGUGCUCGCUCAGGUCACAGGCCUCUGCCUCCCGCACACCCGCAUGGGUGACGGGUGCCCCCGAUUGAACUCGGCUCCAGCGGCUCAGGGAUGCGUCUCGUCCUGCGGGCAGCUCAGCGCCGUGGACCGUGUGAGGAAGGGGGCGCACGCCCUGGUGUGUGUGCCGGGGUGGGGUGGGUGGGAGGCGGGUGCUGAAAAACAGACCAUUUUUCUUCAGCACUUUCCUGAUGCUAAAUGUAUUACCAUGUUGGGCCGGUUCCAGAAUUCAAAUUAAAAGCAUAAAUAAAGACACAUUUUGUUUCCCUCUCAAGCUCUCCCCGCCCGCAGGGCCCCAGGGAGGUGAGGUCACUGCAGCCUUGAUUACAGGAAGGUCCCUAGGGCUGGGCCAAGCUCCUCUUUCCGGGGCCUGUGGGCCAUCGUGGGAGCCAGGGGUCAGGGAACUGGGGGUCAGUGCACACGCCUGGCGUGGCCUGGGGAGCUGCUGGCGAGGAGGGAGCGGGGGCCCCAGGGUGGCUCUGCCUUCCCAGCCCCAUAAACCAGCUCUGGGUGGCCUGCUGCAGUCUCAGCGCACACCUUUCAGACGCAGGCUGCCAGGAAGCUCCCUGAGCUGUGACCCCACCCAGGGCCUUGCCGCAGGAGACAAGGCGGCCAGGGCACUGUGGGGCGGGACAGCGGAGCCCUGCUCCCCGACAGGAGCUGGCAUUAGGAGGAGUCUGAGGCCCCUGCCCCCCGAGGGAGGGCUGCCCCUGGGCGUCCCUGAGCUGUGCACACGACGUCUCAUCGGGAACACCCUUGUCCCUCUCCAGCUGGCAGACCCCUCUCGUGCAUCCUCCCCUCGUGGAGCCCCAGGACGCCCACGGGCCAGGCAGCCACAUCCUCCCCCAGCUCCUGGGGCCCCUAUACCAGCUCCCUGAGCCCUUACUAUGGGGCCUGGGGCUCUUUGUGGGCACCUGUCUCCUGGGACCCUCGGGUCUCCUGGGCCCCGCCGUCUCUGGCACCGCUCAAGCCCCAGGCUAGAAAGAGCUCGAGGACUCUGGCUCUGCUUCGAGGCAGACAGGAUCCCCCAGGCAAGGCCCAAGAAGAACAGGAAGCAGGGGCUGUGGGUGCCUCAGCCUGGGUGCUGACCAGGGCCGGGGCGGCAGGGUCAGAAGUGGCCUCGGCAGGAGGACCUGUGGUUCUGAGCGUGGCAUGGCCCGGGUAACUUCGAGCAGCAGGGCUGCGAGACUGGUCUGGGGCCUGCCUCCUCUGCCACGUCAGCCAGGAUGGGCUUGGUAUCCCCACCCGUCCCCGUGGUUACAGGUGGCUCAAGAGGCCGGCCCCUCUGUGAGGGCAGAGCCCGUGGUUCCCCUGAAGGGUCCCCCAGAGAAAUACGGUUCCGUCUCCACCUCUUCUGUUGCAGCAUCUCACACGGGCGAGACUCGGCUCCUUCUAACGAGCUGCCCCUCUGCCCGGCCUGCCCAGGAAGAGUUUGGGCAGCACUUCGUACGUCGAGGUAGGGACAGGGAAGGUCAGGGGCCUUCUAGUGGGGGCAGGCGGAGCAGAGGCGGGGCCGAGCCUGAGGCUCUACGGGGCACGCACCAGGGGGCCAGGAUCGCGCCUGUACACAUGUGCCUGAGAGCGCGCACACACGCGCACGCACACACACACACACACACAUAUACACGGCGAGCGUGUACUCGCAGGCCGCCUGCGACAUGACAGCCUGGAGAUCCUUGAGCAAAAGCAGCCCCGUGUGCGUUAAUUAGAAUUUCCAUGUCUCCAACUUUCUCCUGGACCCUGCAGAAUCUCACGCCAAAACGUUCAAGUUUCUCUUUUCCAGUGAGGCCGCUGCGGCCUGGCUUCCAGCCACAUCACUGCUAACGUCUCCUGAAAUCCGCGUUUGUCAGGGAGGCCGGGGCCAGCGCCGUGCCUUCUGGAAACGGGGGCCAAUGUCACAAGGCACGGCCCGGUGAACAGCUCCGCGGACCAGGGGUACUCUCACGAGCGGCAGGACCAGCUUCAUCCGGGACCCCUGGGCGACACCCAGGGCCACCCCAGGAGCCCUGGAGGCGCUAGGACCGCAUCUCUGCGAACCCCGAGCCCCUGGCUCGGUUUCUCACCCUGCAGACCUUGAUGGGAAAAGGCGGAGAGGCCUUUCUGGGGCCCGUGUCCAGGGGGAUGAGGAGAGGGCUUGCCAGGAACAGAUGAGGCUAGUGCGUCUCUCCAGCCCAGUGUCCUGUCUUCUUCAGGGCUCCAGACCACCUCUGUCUGCUCGACAUGCCAAGGAAGCCCCGCGGGAGCCCGCCCGGGAGGGUUGUGCAGGCUGCAUGAGUCACAGGCUCCCCGUCGGAGCCCCACAGCCCCGGCCAGGCGCAAACCCGUCUCUGAAAUGCACUGGGGGAUUAAAUGUUCUCCUAAUUAAA